UUUUUUAAAUGCUUGGUUGACUACUUGUGAGCGGGGACAGGAAGGAGGAUAGAUCUGUUGACCAAAUCUUAUGCAUGGGUUAAUGUUUACUCUCAGGGCUAGCAGUGUAUGGCCGUGUGCAUAUCAGAGACUGGGCAACGUACUACUGCCCAGAUAUAUAUCCAAAAUGUCUGGAGACCCCAACUGGUUGCCCCCAGCUGACAGAGAACAGCUGCUAAUGGAGCUGAAGGCUACUGGCUGGGUAGAGGUGGAGGAGCGGGAUGCCAUCUACAAAGAGCUCCACUUCAAAACCUUUAAUCAGGCUUUUGGCUUCAUGUCCCGAGUGGCUUUGCAAGCAGAGAAGAUGAACCACCAUCCAGAGUGGUUCAACGUUUAUAACAAGGUCCAGAUAACACUAACUUCGCAUGACUGUGGAGGAUUGUCCAAACGGGAUAUCAAGAUGGCCAAGUUUAUUGACAAAGUUACCUUGUCCAUGUAGAUGUUCCUCCUGUAUAUGUCACACGAUUGUUGUACAACUUUCUAUUUCAAAUAAAAAUGUAUUCACUCUAA